ACUUACCGGAGUAGCUAUGACUGAACCAGGACUGUUCGUGCACAGGCCAAUCGGGGCAAUGGAGAGCUGGAGCAAGUACACAGAAAUCUAACCCGCUCCGUGAAGUCAUAAAUAUUUCCAAGUGUGCAGCUUCAAUUCUGCAUUGCCUAGACAUUCUAUUGGUGCUUGAGAAGUUAUAGAUACGGAAAACAUGAUACCUGCCACUCGAACUGCAACUCGUGAUGCCGCGCUACGCAAGGUUGUCCUGCGAACUUGUGUAGCGGCUCGAAGAGCAUCAACUUGGGUUAACGUCCCCCAAGGCCCUCCAGAUGCGAUUCUUGGUAUAACUGAAGCUUUUAAGGCUGACGCUUUUCCGGAAAAAAUAAAUUUGGGCGUUGGUGCCUACAGAGAUGACUCAGGAAAACCAUACGUCCUUCCCUCAGUGCGAGCUGCUGAGAAGAAAAUCAUCGAAAGUAACUUAGACAAGGAGUAUGCUGGCAUUACUGGCGUCCCUUCGUUCACCAAAGCAGCCGCCCUUCUUGCUUAUGGGCCAAACUCCACAGCUAUUAGUGAAGAUCGAAUUGCAAUCACCCAGUCCAUCUCAGGGACAGGCGCUUUGAGGAUUGGAGGUGCGUUCUUCGAACGGUUUUUUCCGGGCUCGAAAACGAUUUACAUCCCUACACCAAGCUGGGCGAACCAUAAUGCCGUUUUCAAAGACUCUGGUCUGCAAGUUGAGAAGUAUCGUUACUACAACCAGACGACCAUUGGGUUGGACUUUGAAGGGAUGAUUUCCGAUAUCAAGGAUGCGCCAAAAGGGAGCAUUAUCUUGCUUCAUGCUUGUGCACACAAUCCUACGGGAAUUGAUCCCACCGAAGCCCAAUGGAGAAAAAUCAGCAAGGUUGUCAUGGAAAGGGGGCAUUAUCCUUUCUUUGACAUGGCUUAUCAGGGCUUCGCCAGCGGCGACACUGACAGAGACGCAUUUGCCGUAAGGCAAUUCAUUAAGGAUGGUCACAGCAUCGCCCUCGCGCAGAGCUUCGCCAAAAAUAUGGGAUUAUACGGUGAACGAGCAGGUGCAUUCUCCAUCGUGUGUGAGUCGGCAGAAGAGAAAGAGCGAAUCGAUUCCCAAAUUAAAAUACUCGUCCGACCACUCUACUCGAAUCCUCCUAUCCAUGGAGCGCGGAUCGCCGCUAGUAUUCUCAAUGAUCCGAAAUUGAAUCGGCAAUGGCUUGGCGAAGUCAAAGGCAUGGCAGACCGCAUAAUCAGCAUGCGGGCUUUGCUCAAAUCAAACUUGGAAGAUUUGGGCAGCAAGCAUGAUUGGAGUCACAUAACUUCACAGAUAGGCAUGUUUGCUUAUACUGGCCUUAAGCCGGACCAGAUGGAUAAACUCGCCAAGGAACAUUCCGUUUACGCUACGAAGGAUGGAAGAAUCUCAGUCGCCGGCAUAACCACGGACAAUGUCAGACGGCUGGCCGACAGCAUCUUCAAGGUGACGGGUUGAGCAGAAUUUCUUUUCGACGAUGCUUUACCCUUUUGGAAUGUCCCAUUUUUCCGUUGAAGCAAAUACAGCCUCACUAUCCCCAAAAAAAUGUAAUUUUUCAAUUUUUCAAUUUUUACCUCUCAGAUGUUUAUGUACCUCUUGAACUGUCUGAUUUCCUUCUCAGCUAACCGUUCCUGGAAAUGAAUUCUGCUAUGCCAUCUUCGUCAGAUACCCACAGUGCAUAAGAAACCAUUCCAAAAUUAUGCUUUUGAGACUAUUGACAGACCGGAUCUUCGGAUAAUUAGCUUCAGGCAUUCUUCUUGACUUUCUCCUGCUUAGCUACGGAUACGAUCAAAUUCCGGAUAUUGGAGAGUCAUUCUACACUCUAUUAAAUGACCCGACAAUAGAUAAACCUAUAUACGAGGGCCUUUAAAAUUCCUAAUUCCGAUAUCUCCGUCUUUGCCCUCUUUGAUUUGGCGCCUGUGUAGGAGGAAAGCUUCCAU